AUGCACUCUCUGCUCUUUGUCUCUGCCCUCGCAGGCUCUACGCUUGCCUUUUCUGGCCACCACAGCUUCACCAACUCGACAAUCCCUUCUCACCACUCAUCCACUUAUACUCUGCUUCCGACAGGCGGAGGAGGUGGUAAGCCUACUCAAACCGGUGGCACUGGCAAUGGCAAUGGCACUGGCAACCCUCAGCCUACAGCGACAGUCGUCCCUGGUGGUCCCUCUGGAUCCGUCUCAACCGUCACCGAGACCAUCACCAAGACAACAUUCAAGCCCUGCUCGACUCCCAUCCACACUCAAAGUGGCACCACCUACUACAGCACCUGGUUGACAACCUCGACCUACGAGACAACCACCUGUUACACCACUCAAUUCCCCGCAACGAUCCAACCUCCUCCCCAGACCACAACCGUCAGCCUGCCCGGCCCAGGAAACGCCUGCCCUCCCCCGUCCACGGUCACCGUAACCGUCACUGUAGGCAGCGGCAGCAAUCCCGCAACGCACACGCAGGCACCAGCACCCGGUGGAGGCAGCGGAAGCGGGAGUGGUACUGGUCCUGGACACUGCAAGCACUGCGAGACCAUCACUUACACCAACACCUACGGCCACACGACCACUAUCGUAAUUCCCCCGAUCUCUGAGCCCACGGACACUGCUACCACGCACACCACGGGAACAGGAACGACUACCAAGCCUACUCCCCCUGUUGGCACGGGUAAUUCCCCUAGUCACAGUCACACCAGGGGAUCGCCAAGUGGCACUGGGGGCGGGCAGGCUCCUACCGAGACGAAGACAUGGCACUUUGAGAGGAGGAUGGUCCGGGUUUGA